CGCUCCCUCCACAGCACUGUGCCAUGACGUCAUGAGCGUCCUACUGCCCAACAUGGCGGACUUUGAUACCAUUUAUGAGUUAGAAGAAGAUGAGAGAAUUGUGAGUGAAGAACAUCUCGUCAGAUACUGUCCCGACCCUGUGGUCAUGCGUGGGGCUGGUCACUUCACCGUGUUUGGACUAAGCAACAAAUUUGACACAGAGUUUCCUUCCGUUCUCACAGGAAAGGUUGCUCCAGAGGAGUUCAAGACGAGCGUCAAUCGAGUAAACGCUUGCUUGAAGAAGAACCUACCGGUCAAUGUGAAAUGGUUGCUCUGCGGCUGCCUGUGCUGUUGCUGUACGGUGGGCUGCAGUCUGUGGCCUGUCAUAUGUCUCAACAAGAGAACGCGAAGAUCCAUCCAGAAAUUGUUAGAAUGGGAAAACAACAGAUUAUAUCAUAAGCUGGGGCUGCACUGGAAACUCAGCAAGAGAAAAUGUGAGAGCAGCAACAUGAUGGAAUAUGUUGUUCUUAUAGAGUUCUUACCAAAAUAUCCUAUAUUCAGACCUGACUAAAGGACUUCUGCUGGAUCCUCGUGGAAGGCCCUUCUUUCCUCUCCUUAGUGCCUUGUAUAUAUGUCGGAUUGAGGGUCUUCACUGGGUUUCUACAAGACCCCUUCUCCCAGUACCUUGUACAGUAGAAUUUGCAACACUGUCACUUUGCUUUAGAGCAGAUUUUGCACAUUUCCUGAUGUAGUAGAAGCGCUCCUGUGUUGCACUCAGAUGUUUUGUUACAUAUAAUGAGAGAUGGGAAGAAAGCAAACUCUGAUGCUGUUUAACAAGUGCAUUUACCCCAAAGUAUUAUGAACAAGGCACCUUAUGGUGUAAAUUUGCCUUAUGUUAAAGGACAACAGUGUGUCAGAAGUGUGUGGUGUUUUAAUGUUUUCAGAGUGUGAUGACUAGCGUUGGGGCUUUUGAAGCUAGUGCAGCAGAUGUUUGAACUAGCUUAGAGGAACAGUCAGCACCAUGAUCUGGCACAUUUGCGAUUGUCUACUACACGGGGAAGUCAACAAACUGACUUGUAAAUAUCAUGGACAGGAUGUACAGUGUGGUAUACCAUGUUUACAUUAUGUAAUUUAGCUGGUUAUACGUUUUUCGCCAAGAUAUUAUUGUAGCAUAGUUUGUUUAUAAGCUGUGUCUCUGUAACUUUACACUUUAUAUGGACCUGUUUACCCAGUAAGCCAUAAAAUGUACGUACAAGAUGCCACUCGAGUUAGGGCUGAAAAUUGCACUUGAGCACACGAGGACAAGCAGAUUGUCCUGGAGGUUUUUGAUAUUGUUUUACAAUGUCAUUAGUAGUGUGUUUAAAAACGAUAACGUAUGCCAAUCAAGCAAAAUUUGUUACCAAGAGUAAUGUCAUUCAUUUUUGCGCCAAGCGAUAUUUACCUAUUCAAGUUUUUGUUGGAAUAUAC